CUUCCUUCCUCUUCCUCCUCCUCCUCCUCCUUCCCCCCCGCCGCCGCCGCUCCGGUGACGCCUCCCCCGUCCCUCAGGGCCCCGCGGGACCCGGCGGGAGGGCGGCUCGUCCGGGCCGGCCCCCUCCCGCUGACCGCCUGAGAUCUUUCUUUCAAUAGUAGCUUCGAAAAUGAAGGUCAGAGGGUUCAGCUGGUGAAAAAGAACCGAACACCUUGAAGGGUCAACUCUGAUUUCAGGCUGAGGCAAGAGAGGAGGAGCAUUCAGAGUGGCUUCUUGCAAAUGCAGCCGCUCUCAUGUUCAGAUCUCAGAACAUCUUUCUCAGUCACUUCUCUCAGAUACAGUAUCUAAAGGCAUUUGUGCCUGAAGCCACAGAAGAUAGAUGGACAAGCCAAGCAACUUCUGACUCUGCAUCAUUUUCUGGGGCAAAAUUAUAUGGCAAUGUAUCCUACAAGGCGAACCCAACCCUGGAGCUGAAGCUGGUACCUGCCGAGAGCGAGCAGCAUUUUACUCAUUAGAGCCUCGUUUAGAGGCAACAAAGGCUCUUUAUGGAGACCAUUGGAGUCCUCGUUGACCAGAUUAGGAAAGAACAGGGAUAAAACUCACGCUCGCUAAGGAGCGGAGAGGCAACGCUGACGCCUGACAUGGAAGAGACGGCAAAUUGCCUCGGAAUGUCCUUUCUUACCCCGGGAUGCAGAAUGCUGACAUCAUUUGUUGGGACAACACAACGCUGUCACUAAGGUGUCCGGUGAGGAAUGCAAUGGGAUCAAUAGCAUGUCGGCGGAGAGCGGCCCUGGAACGAGACUGAGAAAUUUGCCGGUAAUGGGGGAUGGACUAGAAACCACCCAAAUGUCUACGACGCAGUCACAGGCUCAACCCCAACAAGGCAGUGCUGUAGGCGUUAAUCCCCCUCCGCCGGAGACCUCCAACCCCAACAAACCCAAGCGACAGACCAACCAGCUGCAGUAUCUGCUCAAGGUGGUGCUGAAGACGCUAUGGAAGCACCAGUUUGCGUGGCCUUUCCAGCAGCCCGUGGAUGCCGUCAAGCUGAACCUCCCUGAUUAUUAUAAGAUAAUUAAAACUCCGAUGGAUAUGGGAACAAUAAAGAAACGCUUGGAGAAUAACUACUACUGGAACGCUCAAGAAUGUAUCCAGGAUUUUAACACGAUGUUUACAAACUGCUACAUCUACAAUAAGCCAGGGGAUGACAUAGUCUUAAUGGCAGAAGCUCUAGAAAAGCUUUUCCUGCAGAAAAUCUCCGAAAUGACCCAGGAGGAAACGGAAAUCGUUAUAGCCCAGACAAAAGGAAGAGGACGUGCGAGGAAGGAAGCAGUGACAUCCAAACCAGGAUCAUCCACGGUACCGAACGCAACCCAAGCAUCGUCCCCGGUGCAGACACAGGCGCCGCAGCAAAACCUCCAGUCUGCGCAGACGACUCAUUCCUUUCCUUCCGUCACCCCCGACCUCAUCGUCCAGACCCCAGUAAUGACGAUGGUGCCUCCUCAACCUCCUGCACCUCCUCCACCUGCUCCCCAAGCCCCCGCACCGCCAGCCCCGGCUCCCCAGCCCAUCCAGACUCACCCUCCUGUUAUCCCAACACCCGCCCAGCCCGUGAAGACAAAAAAAGGGGUGAAGAGGAAAGCAGACACCACGACACCAACAACCAUCGACCCAAUUCAUGAAUCGUCAUCGCUGCCCGCCGAACCCAAGUCCACCAAGCUGGGUCCACGCCGGGAAAGCAGCCGCCCGGUGAAGCCUCCAAAGAAGGACGUUCCAGACUCUCAACAACACGUGGUAGAAAAGAGUAGCAAAAUAUCCGAGCAGUUAAAAUACUGCAGCGGGAUCAUCAAAGAGAUGUUCGCCAAGAAACACGCUGCCUACGCCUGGCCCUUCUACAAACCUGUGGAUGUGGAAGCACUGGGACUGCACGAUUAUUGCGAUAUCAUUAAACAUCCCAUGGAUCUGAGCACAAUCAAAUCUAAACUGGAGAACCGGGAAUACCGAGAUGCUCAGGAAUUUGCGGCGGACGUACGAUUGAUGUUCUCCAAUUGCUAUAAGUACAACCCCGCUGAUCAUGAGGUGGUGGCCAUGGCACGGAAGCUGCAGGACGUGUUCGAAAUGCGCUUCGCCAAGAUGCCGGAUGAACCAGAAGAACCUGUGAUUCCAGCUUCUUCUCCCGUGGUGGUGCCACCUCCCACCAAGGUGGCUCCCCCUUCAUCUAGCGAUAGCAGCAGCGAUAGUUCCUCCGACAGCGACAGCUCAUCGGAUGAUUCCGAGGAAGAGCGAGCUCAGCGGUUAGCGGAGCUCCAGGAACAGCUUAAAGCAGUGCAUGAACAGCUUGCAGCCCUGUCCCAGCCACAGCAGAACAAACCAAAGAAAAAAGAGAAAGACAAGAAGGAGAAGAAGAAAGAGAAGCACAAAAAGAAGGAAGAGCUGGAAGACACCAAGAAAAGCAAAGCCAAGGAACCGCCACCCAAGAAGGCCAAGAAAAGCAACAGCAACAGCAGUACCUCCAGUAGUAAGAAGGAGCCUGUGACGGUGAAGAACAGCAAGCCCCCUCCAGCCUACGAGUCUGAGGAGGAGGAGAAGUGUAAACCCAUGUCCUAUGAGGAGAAGAGGCAGCUGAGCCUGGACAUUAAUAAACUCCCCGGUGAGAAACUGGGCCGAGUUGUCCAUAUCAUCCAGUCGAGAGAACCCUCGCUCAAAAACUCCAAUCCCGAUGAGAUUGAGAUUGACUUUGAGACGUUAAAACCAUCCACCUUACGGGAGCUGGAGAGAUACGUAACGUCGUGUUUACGGAAGAAGAGGAAACCUCAAGCGGAGAAAGUGGAUGUAAUUGCUGGUUCCUCUAAAAUGAAGGGGUUCUCCUCCUCAGAGUCUGAGAGCACCAGCGAGUCCAGCUCCUCCGACAGCGAAGAUUCAGAAACAGAAAUGGCACCGAAAUUGAAGAAAAAAGGGCAUUCAGGACGAGAGCAGAAAAAGCAUCACCAUCAUCACCAUCAACCGGUGCAGCAGCAACCACCGCCACCGCAGCCUCCUCCGCCGCCGCAACCGCAACAGCCCCCUCCACCCCCUCCGCCACCGCAGCCCUUACCGCAGCAGCCCUUACCGCCCCAGCAGCCCCCGCCGCCGCCCCCGCCGCCGCCUGUCCCUCAACAAGCUCCUCCACCGAUGAAGUCUUCUCCUCCACCUUUCGUCCCCACGCAAGUCCCCGUCCUGGAGCACCCGCUGCCGGGGAAUAUGUUCGACACCAUGACGCAUUUCACCCAACCCAUCAUGCAUCUUCCUCAACCGGAGAUGCCGCCCCAUCUUCCCCAGCCGCCCGAGCACAGCACUCCUCCCCACCUCAACCAGCAUGCCGUGGUGUCUCCUCCAGCUUUGCACAACGCUCUGCCUCAGCAGCCCUCGAGACCCAGUAACCGAGCCGCGGCGCUACCCCCGAAGCCUUCGCGUCCACCGGCUGUCUCGCCGGCCAUCAGCCAGCAACCCAUGCUUCCUCAACCGCCUCUGCCCCAACCUCCCCAGGUCCUGCUGGAGGACGAAGAACCUCCUCCGCCGCACCACAACCUGCCUCUGAGCACCAGCCAGAUGCAGCUCUACCUUCAGCAGCUGCAAAAAGUGCAGCCGCAGACUCCUCUUCUCCCUUCAGUGAAGGUCCAGUCGCAACCGCAGCCACCCCUGCAGCCGCCGGCUCACCCCGCGGUGCAGCAGCUGCAGCACCAGCCGCCGCCGCGGCCCAUGCACAUGCAACCCAUGCCCUUCCCAUCCCACAUCCCCCAACCCCAACCUCCGCCGCAGCAACAUCCGCCCCCGCAACCGCCCCCGCCGCCCCCACCGCCGCAGCCGGCCAAACCGCAGCAGGUCAUCCAGCAUCACCCGUCGCCGCGGCACCAUAAGCCUGAUCCCUACUCGACCGGUCACUUGAGGGAAGCCCCUUCCCCUCUCAUGAUGCAUUCCCCACAGAUGCCGCAGUUCCAGGGUUUGGUCCACCAGUCGCCACCUCAACAAACUAUCCAGCCAAAAAAACAGGAGAUGAGAGCCGCCUCCGUCGUCCAGUCUCAACCCAUGGUGGUGAAGGAGGAGAAGAUGCAUUCGCCCGUCAUCCGUAACGAGACCUUCAGUCCCCCGUUGCGGCAAGAUCCGCCGAAACACCCGGAGAGCAUCAAACCGCCCGCGCACAUCCCGCAACGGACGGAGAUGAAACCCAUGGAGGGGGGACGACCCGUCAUUAGACCCCCGGAGCAAAACCCCCCACCGCCAGGAGUGCAGGAGAAAGAUCGGCAGAAACAGGAGCCGAAAACACCCGUCGCCCCCAAAAAGGACCUGAAAAUCAAGAACAUGGGUUCCUGGGCAAGCUUGGUCCAGAAACACCCCACCACUCCGUCCUCCACGGCAAAGUCCUCCAGCGACAGCUUCGAGCAGUUCAAGAGGGCGGCGCGGGAGAAGGAGGAGCGGGAGAAGGCGCUGAAGGCUCAGGCGGAGCAGGUGGAAAGGGAGAAGGAGCGGCUGCGGCGGGAGCAGGAGAGGAUGAGGAGCCGGGAGGACGAGGACGCCAUGGAGCAGGCGCGCCGGGUGCACGAGGAGGUGCGGCGACGCCAGGAGCAGCAGCAGCAGCAGCAGCAGCAGCAGCAGCAGCAGCAACAGCAGCAACAGCAACAGCAAGUGUCGGCGGCGGCGGCGGCGGCGGCGGCAGCGCCCCAAGCCCAGAGCUCGCAGCCCCAAUCCUCCCAAUCCAUGUUGGAUCAGCAGCGGGAGAUGGCCAGGAAGCGGGAACAGGAACGGAGGCGCCGGGAAGCGAUGGCCGCGACGAUCGACAUGAAUUUCCAGAGCGAUUUACUGGCAAUAUUCGAAGAAAACCUUUUCUAACGGCGCCCGGAGGUUUUGGGUUCUUUUCCUCCCGAUUUGACUCUUUCAAAAAAACAAAAAACAACAAAAAAAAAACACAAAAAAAAAAUUCUCCUUUUUUUUCCCCUCCCCCGGCAAAAAAAAAAAAAAAAACAAAACAAAACAAAAAAACAACAAAAAAAAAAAGCUUCGGACUCUCCGUUAAGUGUUAAAAAAAUAAAAAAUAUCCGGGAUCGGGAUCGUCCCGCAUGUACCGACCGGCGCCGGGAUGGGCGGGGGCUGCCUUCCCCCCCCCCCGGGAAUUUCGGGGGUUUUUUCCUUCUUUUUUUCCUCUUUUGGGGGUUUUUUUCCCUCUUUUCACACCGGAAAAAAAAAAAAGAAAAUGGAAAAAUUGAAAUCCCAAUGAAAAAACAAAAUUCCGGCCGCGAAACCGCCGGGAAAAGGUGCCCCCUCCCCUUCCCCCCCCCCUCCCUUUAUUCACUGUAUAUUCUGGAAUUUAUUUUUUUUUUUUGGUCUUUUUCACCUAUUUUGGGGUUUUUCGUGAUCAAAAUGUGCGGCGGCGGCGGCGGCGGCAGGACGGGCGCUUCGAAAUAAACCCGAGUUUUGGA